AUGAAACUCUUCAAUACUAUUAUCGUUGUUGUUCUCUUCCUAGUUUUGUUGCUUGCUAAAGCUAAUGGCUCAGUGGCAAUACCUGGUGAUAACGCUAGAGGAGGCGUUGGUGGUGGAUCACAUAUUGGUAGUGGAACAAGUAGAGAUGGUGAUGAUUAUGGAGGUCAACCAAGUGAAGGAGAUAAUGAUAAUGGCGAUUGUGAUGAUGGUGGCGAUAGUGGUGCAAGGAAUGGUUAUAGUCGUGGUUCAAAAGGAGGAAGAGGUGGUGGGGAUGGUGGAAGCGGUGGUGGUGGUGGACAAGGAUAUGGUGGAAGCUAUGGCUAUGAAGGCGGGGGUGACAAUAGGGGAGGCGAGGGUAGUGGAGGUAGCAAUGGCGGAAGUUCUAGAGGGUGUUUCGGUUGGGGUGCUCAGCAUGGGCAUGGUAGAGCGGGAAGUGGUGGGGUAUUGAGAGAUAAGGAGGGUGUUGCAAGAGCAUUAUUUUCUGGUUCGGUGGAUGCUAACGAUGCUGAUGUAGUCGAGGCUGGUGCGGUAAAGGCGGCUCUAGAAGCAAUGACACCAUGGUCUCUUCAAGCAAUUUUUGCAGGCAUUGAUAGAGAUAUGUUAAAGGCUGGAAAUGUUGUAUUCUCGGUGGAAAAUAAGGAAGGUAACUAA